AAUUUUUUUACAAAUGUGUAUUAGGAAAAAACGUUUAUAAGUGUAUUUUUUAACGUAGAACGAAAGCUUGAACAAAAUAUUACAAAGUGCUUCAGAAAUUAGUUGAAUUAAUAAUCAUGCCAAGAAAGCUUUUGAAAUUCUUAAUCCUGUUUGAUAAUUCUUCGUUGCUGUAUUUUCCGGGGCAGUUCUUAUCCGGAAGAGUGCUACUUGAACUGCAAGAAAACACACCCGUUUUAGGGCUUCAUUUUCAUGUUGUAGGCGAAUGUGUGGUUCGAGUGAGAUCGGGUCGGCAUGACCGAUCAUACGACAAAGAAAAUUACAUUGAUUUCAGAAUGCGAUUACUAGGUGAUAGUGAGCACCAGGGCCCAACUGUCUUGUCACCUGGAAUACAUAGUUUCCCAUUUAAAUUAGGACUUCCAGUAGAUUUACCGUCCACGUUUCUUGGCCGGUAUGGCUGGGUUCAGUAUUAUUGCAAAGCCGCUCUACGUGAACCGUCAGGAUUAAUACACAAGAACCACCAGGUUUUUAUUGUUAUGAAUCCAAUAAACCUUAACACCGAGCAGCCAUAUCUAGCGGAACCCUUCAAAUGCAACAUUGAACACAAUUUGGGAGUUGCAUGCGUGGGAGGAGGUAUUGUGAAAUGUAAAAUUAUUUUAGAUAGAGGUGGAUAUGUUCCCGGUGAAUCAAUCAUGAUAACGGCAACUGUGACCAAUUCCAGCAAUGUGACUAUCAAAAGCACGAAAGCAGCAUUGACUGAGACUAUUCAGUACUACGCUCAUGAAAAAGUCAUACAAACCGAGAAACGAGAGCUAGCUGUUAUAGCACGAGGCAAGGUUCGUCCUGGUUGUCGAGAUGAUUGGCAAAAUGAAUCACUAUAUGUACCACCCCUGCCACCGACUAAUCUCAGAGGAUGCCAUCUAAUUCGAAUACAAUACGAUGUCUGUUUUCUUAUUGAGCCAAAGUCACUAGAGAAACAAAUAAAACUGCAACUGCCGAUUACACUAGGAACAUAUCCCUUCAAAAUUAAUGACGAAGAAGACACGAACGAAUGGGCAGAAACGGUGUACAAGCCUGAGACUCAUUACCCCUCAACACUUCCCAUUUUCAGACCAUGGUUGCACGAAAAAGCUGAAAUAAAAUGACACUGGAGACCGUAAUCGUGCCUUCGUUAAGCCGUACUGGAAAGUGAAAUUAUUCGCAGAUUAUUCUACGCUACUUACGAUAGUGAUAGUUAAGUCUUCCGAAAUAUUUAUAGCCGAUAGAUUUGAGCAAAAGUAGGUCAGGGGCUUAAGUUGGACCUCAACCUUUGUUAGCUUAAAGAAAAGUCUUAUUUCGUGAGCCUGUAAAAUUGUUUGGUCAUAUAACAGACCUCAUAAUCCCUAGAAAAGUAAUGGCGCUGGUAUAACGAUGAUACAGGCCCUCCACUCGCCCCCGUUCAUGUUAAUCAGGCGAAUUUAUCUUAGACUAAUCUCAUGUUUUAGUCUUGACCUUGAAAUGCGGUCAUACAUAUAUAUUAAUAUUUUUUUGAAACGGUGGUUCUACAAUUGAUGAAGGGACGGUAGGGGAAAGAAAUGAAAAUUUUGUUGUUGAAGGACGGUAAAGAGCGGAAAGGUGAGGAGGAGGGGGAAGGGGGUAUUGGUAGCUACGCUUAACAAGUAGUCGUUUUGACUCUUACCUUUUGUCCAAUGUUGGAAGGUGCAUGGGUCGACCUCUCUUUCACCAAAAAAAGUUUCAUUUCUUUCCCCUACCGUCCCUUCAUCAAUUUUAGAACUACUGUUUCAAAAAAAAAUAUUAAUUUAUCUUGUUUGAUAUUUAUAAUGUUUUGUCCUGUCACUUGUUUUAGAGCACAGUUGUUUUCACAUAUACUUGUCUUCAUUUUCUAAUUAUUCAUUAUAUAACUAGUAUUUUGCUAUAUACGUCCAUUCACUUUUUUUAUUGUUCCUAAAUUUUAAUUAAGUCUACUAAGCAAUUUUCGAAACUGAUUUCAAUGAUACUAAAAGUCAAGCACUUAACAUUCACAUCCCAAAUUAUUCAAUUCGGUUUUUUCUAUAAUCUAAAGUUUUGUUACUAGCCGAAAAUCUUAUUAUUAUAUAACAAAACUGAAAAUAAAUUCUGAAUCGAUGGGACCUGUUCAGCAGUAGCAGCAACGGCAGUGAAAUUCGUAAACUAUUGUGUUGCCAAAAGACUGAUUCGAUUCUGGAAAUAAGAAUUAUAGGUUUGAAAUUAACUGUAACCUCCAAUGGUGAAAACGUGAUUUAAGAUUUUCAUGAGAAAUAUAUGUUCAUAAUUAACUUUUCUUUAUUAAAAACAACAGAAAAGACAGCUUUUUCAAUAAUUUUCGACGAUUUUCUCAGUGAUUUAAUGAAGCAACGAUGUGUUUCAAUGUUAUUUGCUUUGACUACACUGUUUUGUAGUCGGACCGUGUACGCUGCUAUGUUGGCCUCUUUUGUUCUCCCACCAUCCUUAUGAACAGCGAGUGAGACGUCAAACUCGCAGUUUUCCAUAAGAAUACUGGAGAAUAAAAGAGAUGACCAAUACCGUUUGCCGAACGCGGUGAGUGUAUGCCCCGAUAAACAAUUUAGACAAAUGGCAUUUUACGCAUCAUCCGACCAAAGAUAUCAAAUCUAUUAAUGCAGAUGCCGAUUAGUAGGUUGCAGAUAGGAACGCGAACUUACUGAAUAGGGAAUAAAGAUCGAGGGUAUUUUUAUGAGGGCGUAUACAAAUUCAGAUUUCAGGACUGCUUAAAGCACCUUGAGGGUGAAAAUAUGUUAGGUCUGAUCAAAAUUAGUUCCAUCGCUCCUACUUUUAAAGCGAAAAAUCAAAAGUUUAGCUCAAUAAUAGUAUCUUCCAGUGGUAACAGCUUGAAGAACUACAGCUAGUAAGAAGAUUGGUAUGCUGAUAGCCCUCACUUAGUCAACCCAUCGCUUGUAAUAAGGUAAAACAAUCAGUGACCCGCUUAGACUGCUUAAAACCGGUUCUUUACCCUAUAACCUGUAAAAAUCCAGUGAUACCAGCGCCAGUACUUAUCUAGUAGUUAUGAAGUCUGUUGGGGAUAUUGAUAUGUUUUUCAAUUACAGUCUGUACAACAUUGCAUUCGCCUUUUCAAAAUUUUAGUUAUAAUACGCAUUCUAAAAAUUUUACGUAGGUCAACAUUUUUUUAAAUAUUUGAAACACAUGAUGCGUACUUACACUUACGCUAUCCCACGUCAAGAAUAUUAGCAAACUAGCAAAAAACCAUUUCUGCACAGCAACUCAAACCGUAUGCAUGGUGUUUGGGUCAUAAGCCACGCGUAUUUGAUAUUGCAAAUAUGUACCUACAUGAGCUUUAGUAAAAUACCGAAGACUACAGAACUCAAGACUGGGCAUUCUGUCAAAUCUCGACGGACAGGGUUAGCACGCCCUCUACGGAUGACAGUGGUAACUUUAAGGUUGUAUAUGUGCCAUCAUUCUAGCAUCACAACCACCAUGACAUCAUACAUCAACAUCACACGCAUACAUUCUUUUAGAUGUUUGCGAUCACUAACACUUAUGAACAGUAGUAACUCCCUUGAGAUAUGAGAUGGAGUUAGUAGUAUCAUCCUUUGUUGUGUAUAUGCGUACCUGUUACCUUCUACUAUGCCCAGUCUUGAGUUCUGGAGUCUUGGAAAAUACGGAAUUUUGAAGAGGUUACUAACACCCAUGCAAAAAUGGCUACUUUCGCUAAGAGAUGCGCUGAUGGUGACGCAUGAUGUUUAUAUGGAAAAAUAACUGAGAUGCCAGUCUUGUUAAUAAUGGGGUCUGCCGUAAAAUAUAGGUACUAAAAUAGAGAUAUUCACGAUAGGCCUGACAAAUUUUGUCCAAGUGAAUUAUAACAAAUUAGGCCUGACACAUUUUGUCCAAGUGAAAAUAAUGUAUUCAAAACAACAAAAAGCUCAUCAUUUUAAUACUUGAAAUGCGUUACAGAAUAUCUAUUGGCUUCAGAAGCGGUUCACGCUUAUUAAAACAAUUUAAAAUUCAUACUGAUACUAUUGAUAAUGAUAUACACUAAAUUCGAUGCUUUUACUGUUCAACAUAGCGAAUUCGUUCAUUAAUACCCAGACUCAGGUCGAUUAGAACGAGUUUUAAUGAACUGCGCCAAAUUACCGUGAACGGAUCCUGGUUAACCCAAAAACACUCAUUUAGAAACACAGUUUUAAAUCAUCUAGCAUUACGCAUUAGCGUUCAUCUCUAGGAUGGCUAUAGUCCCGAGGAUUUAAUUCGUCAGCGUAUUAGAAUCCAAUGCAAACUAAGGGGUCAUAUGAGUUAUACGGUUAAAAAACUAUUUUUUCAUUGAAAAAUUGGCAAAAUGAAAACUGUUUGUACCGCGCUUGUCUAGAGCAAUUACACAGCGAAUAAAAAAUUUUACACCGUUCAAUUUUUCGAUACGAACUGGAUUAGCUCACAAGCUGUUUUUUGAGUUUUUCAACCAUUGUAAAACAGAUAUUAAAAAAAAACAAUAUAAAAAAAAUCAUCUAGUUUUUCAACGAAAGUGUGUACCAAUAAAAAUAAUAUAAUUUUAGUAUAGGUAUGGAAAUCAGCUGUUCACUUCUGUGACAAAAAAAAGAAAGAAAAAAGCAAGUUGAAAACGCCGCAAAAAUAGGGUUAUUCGCUCCAAUAUCUGGUAUAGCUUAGAAAUCUGUUGCCUUAAAACUCUUUCCAGCGAGUAUCAGUGACAUAGGCAAACAAAGGUGAAGGUAUAUUCAAAUUUGCGCUAUUAUUUAAUAUCGCUCAAUGGAAUUUGGUAAUGGUGUUUUUUUUUAAAGUUUAAACAACUAUGGGUCAUUCCAUCUCAAACGCACACAAUGUUUGGAUUCGACCAUCAGCGGUUUCAACCAAAGUUAGUAUACUUGUUCAUUCCGACCCCACAACCAAUUUUACAAAGUUUUAUGCCGAUCGAUCAAUCCCCCUAGCAGUGACGCUACUUCCUUUUUUGCUUUGCUGAUUUUCCCCUAUUUUUAAGAAUAUUAGCAAACCCUAACACUUUCCUAUGUCAAUUAGGGAAAGGGUGGGCACCAUGAGAUUCGCCGGAAAAUUUUACGUAAUAUUACUUAUAUUUUGUCAGUUGGCAGGCCGUUCCUGAAUUUCAUUCGUUUUUAGGCUAGAUUUUCCCGUAGUGCAAUAAAAUGUUAAUGAAGCCAUUUUCAAGUAUCGAUUAUCGAAAUUACUUCGAAGUUUAGAAUAAUCACGGCAGUGAAAUACCACAUUAGUCGACAUAACAAUGCAUUAUAUUGCUCAAAUAACUAGCACACUUAAAUAAUAAAACUAUAAAAAUUUGUACGAAAUUGUUACUUUCAUUUAAAUAUAUACAAAAGUAUCCCGUGGUUAACAUUCACGCCGCAGAAGUCAUGAAUGACCCAAAGCUAGUUAACCCUCUAACGGGCAACACCGAAAAACAAUGCGAUCAAGCUAAUUCAAUUCAGAUAUAUUACAAUUUUUUUAUGUCAAUCAUUUUGCUCUAGAUGUCCUUUACCUUCAAAAGUAAAAAACGGAAUAUUUGCGCAUUAAUUAUUUUCGAAAUUUUUCAGAAUUUUUGUUUUUGAACGAUUAUAACUUUUGAAUGCAUGGUCAGAAUGUUAUGAUAUUAGUAUCAAAAUGUCAAGAAAUUUGUUCUGAACACAUUUUGCAUAUUGCCAAUUAAAAACAAAUUUCGUAUGUGGCACUGGAGCUCCAAAAGCGAAGGCCGUCUACAGACGGUCUUACCCGUUAGAGGGUUAAAGCCACUAUAAUCAAAAAAAAAAUCCCGAACAUCAAAAUUUAUUAUGCUGAUUUUAUGUUGAAAAUACAUCUUUUUCAUUAAAAUACUUUAUUUAGUCAUGAAAAUGUCCGGAAGCUUCAAGUAGACGUGUUUAAACAUACUUUCACUAACAAUUCAGAUAUAAUUACGCAUGCCCCUGAUAUUCAAAACGCCUUAUCUCCCAAACUACCAAUAUUGUUUUUUCUAGUUAAGUGAUUCUUAUGUAGAACUUUCUGGUGAACAUUUUGAGCAUAUUUAUUUGAAAAUAAAAUUGGGGGUGUUUGGAGAUAUUCGCAUUUUUUGUUUUAAAUUACAAAAAAAAAUGUAUAAUGUUGACAAAUUAUAUAAAAACUGAUAACAUCAUUCGAUUGCGCAGCCAAAAUCCAUGGAAAAAGUAUAUUGGCAUGUCUUCACAUCAAACAGUUUCAGAGAUAUUUGAACUCGUAAAAUGACUUUUUGAAAAUCUGUAAAAAAGGAAGUAACGCCACUGCUAGAGGGAUUGAUCAAUCGGCAUAAAACUUUGGGAGAUUGGUUGUGGGAUCGGAAUGAACAAGUAUGCCAACUUUGGUUGAAUCCAAUCGCUGAUGGUUGGAUCCAAUUUUUCCGAUUUUUGUGUACGUUUGAGAUGGAAUGAUCCCUAUUUAAAACAAUUAAAGCAGAAGCCUUAGCAAAUAUAUGUAAAACGCAAAAGUAAAGUACCGAUAGAUAUUCUUAUGCACCUAGAAAUGGGUGACUGGCUGGACUGGUGGAAAUAUUAAACGAGGUAUUAAGAGUGUUGUUCUAACCAACAACAAAACAAUUCCAUCAAGCAAAAUGUGACACUAUAUAUCAAUGUAUUUCACACUUUGUUGAUUUUUGUGCAUAGUUGUAUGUGUUUCGAUAAAAUUGCAUUAUAGUUAAAACUAUAGUUUCUUCUCUGAUAUUUUUAGUCAGCCACAUAGAAACGAAUUUCGACUAAAAUCGAUUUUAAUAUAUUUUUCCGUCCAAAACAAUAAAAUAAGUUACAAUAACAUAUUAUUUUAUAAUCUCAAAGAUGACACACUAUUCGGAGCACUAUGCAUUUUCUACAAUAAGUGAUAUUUUUACAGUAUAUAAAAUAAGUGCCAUAAGCACAUGUGUAUAUUAUUAGACCUUUUUUAUUUUUGAU